GAGCUUGCAUAAAAUGCACUUUGUUUCAGCAAACUGGAAUUGUGAAAGUCGGCAUAAACGUCUAAAGCUUAGCACCUUCAGAUCAACUUGCACCAAAUUCCCAUAAUGGGCGCUUUCACAAAAAUGAUUUUAGUUAGUAUUUGUGUUGCUUUCCUGGCUGCCAAAUGGACCGCACCGAGAUUUGAUGCAGAUUCUCUCCGAGGUGCUAAGGUAUUGGUGACUGGGGCCAGCACAGGUAUUGGUGAACAACUAGCGUAUCAUUAUGCCCGCUUUGGAGCCAAGAUUGUUAUUACAGCGAGGAGAGAGAAAGUGUUACAGCAGGUAGUAGAAAAGUGUCUGAGUUUGGGAGCCCAGAAAGCUUUUUAUAUAACAGCAGACAUGGCCAGUGAGUCUGACACUGACAGAGUGGUAGAUUUCGCUCUGGAGAAGUUGGGAAGUUUGGAUUACCUGGUUCUCAAUCACAUUGGCUCAAGCCGCUUCGGCAUGUGGGAUGGAGAUGUAGAACACACCAGAUGGUUGAUGAAGGUCAAUUUCUUCAGCUAUAUUCAGAUGGCUUGGAAAGCUUUGGCCUCCCUUGAGCAAAGUAAAGGAUCACUGGUGGUUGUUUCAUCAAUCUUAGGUAAAAUGUCUUCUCCCUUUGUGGCUCCAUAUACCUCAACCAAAUCGGCCUUGAAUGGUUUCUUUGGGUCACUUCGUUAUGAGCUGGCUAUGAAGAAGAGCAAUGUGUCCAUCUCUGUAUGCACGCUCGGUCUCAUUGAUACCGAUUCAGCUAUGGAGAAAGUCAGGGGAGUCACUAAUGUACCAGCCUACCCCACCACAGAUGCAGCAUUGAACAUCAUCAUUACAGGAGCUACAAGACAGCCGGAGCUUUUCUACCCUUGGUUCACAUACUUUAUAGCUAUCACCAAAGAUUGGUUUCCUUCUCUCACAGACUAUAUAAUCCUGAACUCCUACAACUACAUCCCGUGAAGAACAUUUAUUCAGCACAAUUGAAGUGCAAUGAUACUGUCCUUGAUUAAAAACAUGGAUAUUUAAGAUGAAUAUUGGCGUAGAGCUUUGAAAUUCUAAUACACCCAAUUUUGUGGCAUAGUUUUUGACUUUCCAGUUUCCAUGUUGCUAGUCAUGGUUUUAAGAGCAGUCCAGUUAUAAAAUGUUUAUAGGGAGAAAAGCUUAUUGCUUGUAUUUUUAAAAAUUUAGGCUACUGUUGAGAUUAGUGCAUCUUCACAGUACAGCUACUGCUAUCCAACCUUUAUUGCACCAAAAAAACAUCUGAUUUACUAAUGAUAAGACACCCCCCACCUUAGAUGAAAUUCAGUUAUGAAAGAAAUAAAUAAUAAAAUAAUAUAUUACUGCUGUUCAGUGAUAAAGAACACAAAACAAAUACAAAACAAGCAGGGUACAGGAUAGUUUGCCAGGGCUAACACAGAGAGACAGACAACUGUUCACACUCACAUUCACACCUGUGGGCAAUUUGAAAUCACCAAUGUGUGCCACUAACAUUGUACCAUAAAAUACAGUUCAACAUAUUUUAGUUUGGUACAGCUCAGUGGAAAUGUGAAGAGUAGGAAGGAAGCUAGUGGGCUCACACAGUGCAGAAAGUAAAUGCAACAACAAAGAAAGAGUCAUGAAUGUGAAAUUAUAUGAUAAGAAUAAAAGGAGGAUGAUGCACAUAAAAGCAAAUUUAAAGGAAACAAUAAUGUUUUGUCCUUUUUUUUUUUUUUUUUUUGCAUUGGAUUAAAGGAAAAAAUUUUAAU